AUGCCCACUCUCUUUAAUUUAUUUGAGGCCUCCAAAGGGGGGGGCGUGGAACUGUUUGCGCAUGGGAAUCAAAGUACACUUCCUCACAAUGAGUCGUCUGGGACAGAUGUGCUGUCGCAGAAGGGCAAGUCAUCGAAGCCGUCUAGCGAGAAGGAAAGUACCCUCGUCGACGAGCCUAUUCGGGAUUCGAGCGGUCCGGAUGAUAGCAACAACGAUGCUGCCAGUGGCAAUGACUCACCGGAGGUGAUUGUCAAGGAGGACUCAAGUAAAGAGCCUUUGCCUACGAACGACACGGAGAAGGAAGCGGCGAAGGAGGAGGACAAGAGCUCCAGCGACGGCGAUGUCGAGGACAAACCAGACGAGCCCGAGCCUGAAUACCCGUCAGCCAUGAGGCUGGUGCUCAUCACCAUCGCCCUGUGUUGCUGCGUGUUCUGUGUGGCAUUGGACAAUACGAUCAUCGCGACCGCUAUCCCAAAGAUCACCGACCAGUUCAACUCGCUUGACGAUGUCGGCUGGUAUGGUAGUUCGUACCUCCUCACGACCUGCGCCGUGACCCUGAUGUUCGGCAAGUUCUACACCUUCUACUCCAUCAAAUGGAUUUACCUGCUUGCCCUCUGCAUAUUCGAGGUCGGCUCGCUCGUCUGCGCCGUCACGCCCAACUCCGUCGGCCUGAUCUGCGGCCGUGCCAUUGCGGGUCUGGGCGCGGCCGGCUUGUUCUCGGGCUCCAUUCUGAUUAUCACCCAAAGCGUGCCCCUGGUGAAGCGGCCCAUGUAUACGGGUCUUGUGGGCUCGAUGUUUGGAAUUGCAAGUGUGGCUGGUCCGCUUAUGGGAGGCGCAUUUACGGACAAGGUUACCUGGCGAUGGUGCUUCUAUAUCAAUUUGCCCAUUGGCGCCGUGACUUUCCUCUUCAUCCUGUUUUUCUUCAAGGCGCCCAAGGCGCUCAAGGCGACGAAGGGAUGGAAGGAGCAGAUUGCGGAAUUUGAUCUGCUUGGCUCGCUGUUCUUCCUGCCCGCCAUCAUCUGUCUGCUGCUCGCGCUGCAGUGGGGUGGCACGAAGUACCCCUGGAGCGACGCGCGCAUCAUCGCGCUGUUUGUUGUCUUCGGCGUGCUGAUUAUUGUCUUCAUUGGGCUGCAGUGGUGGGGACAGGAGCGUGCUACCGUGCCCCCGAGACUGAUCAAGAAUCGCAACGUUUGGGGGUCGGCCUGGUAUGCGCUGGCCAUUGGCGCAGCAUACUUUGUUCUGACUUACUAUCUCCCCAUCUGGUUCCAAGCCAUCAAGGGCGCCACCGCUGUGAAGUCGGGGAUCAUGAACCUCCCCACGAUCAUCUCCGUCGUGGUCGUGUCUAUCCUCGCCGGCGGCCUCGUCACAGCCUGCGGCUACUACACGCCCUUCAUGAUCGCCUCCUCCAUCAUCAUGACCAUCGGCGCCGGCCUGCUCUCCACGCUGGAAGUCGACUCGGGCCACCCCAAAUGGAUCGGCUAUCAGGCACUCUUUGGUAUUGGCCUUGGCCUGGGCAUGCAGCAGCCCAUGAUCGUGGCGCAGACUGCCCUCAGCGCUGGCGACGUGCCCAGUGGCACCGCCAUCGUGAUGUUCGCCCAGACUUUGGGCGGCUCGAUCUUCAUCUCUGUGGCGCAGAACGUCUUCCAGAAUCAGCUCUUCCAGAAUUUACGUGUCGAUGCGCCCAGCGCCAACGCCGCGGAGCUGGUGUCUGCCGGUGCAACGAUGCUGCGCAGCGUCGUGUCAGGACCUGUUCUGGAGCGCGUCCUGGUUGCGUAUAACGACGCUAUCACACAGACAUUCUAUGUGGCUGUCGCCAUGGGCGCACUGUCUCUUUUCGGACCUAUUUUCAUCGAAUGGCUCUCCGUGAAGGGGAAGAAGGUUGAAAUGGCCCCGGUUUGA